GCAGCCCCCUGGUGGACAUGUUUGAGUGUUUGUUGUGAUGUUGUUAACGUCUAAUUAUAUAUCAAUUUAGAAGCUCAGAACAGAACACAGAAUGUCUACAGUCUUUCUACACGUUGGUCAGUGUGGAAAUCAAGUUGGCCAUGCCUUCUGGAAGAAAGUUGACAAAGAUAACAGCGUCAAGGAAAGCCAUUCCUUUGUACACCCUGAUGACAAGCAGAGGUCCAUACAUGUAGACAGUGAACCCAAAGUUUUACAGAAAAUAUCCAAGGGUUUGAAAAUAAGAGAGGGAAACCUCAUUUGUGGAAAGCAAGGGAGAGGAACAAAUUGGGCAUUAGGUUACUAUGGUAGCCAAAGGGAGCAACACAUAUUGGAGGACAGCCUUGACAAGGUCAGAAAGGAAAUUGAAAAAUGUGAUGCUUAUAGUGGGUGUAUAAUGAUGCACAGCUUGAGUGGCGGCACAGGAUCAGGUCUAGGGUCGCGUCUGUGUGAGGAGAUGAGGGAUCAGUAUCCCCUAGCCCACCUGAUGUCGUGUGCGUUUGCUCCGUGCAUGUCUGGAGAAAGUCCGCUUCAGCACUACAACUCUCUGUUGACCUUGUCAAAAUUACAGAGGAACUCUGAUUGCGUGAUCCUGACACACAAUGAUGAUAUACUCUAUAACCUUGAGAAGAAGGUAAAGGGCAGUGUGUCAUUUGAUAACAUGAACAACAGUAUUGCUGCUUCCCUGUGUGGUCUGUUUCUACCCACAGACUCCCUAACACCUACCAGAGGUGUGAGUAUUGGUAUGGAGCCCUGGGAAGUGAUCCGAGCCACGUGUCCAGUGCCAGGAUACAAGUUUCUCCAUAUAAACCAUCUGUCCAGGAGCAAACUUUCCUGGGAAGCACUGAUGAGUCAGCUUUUGCUAGGUGUUCGCAGGUACAACACACAAGGGGGCACUUUAGGCAGUCUCAGUAAUGUGGUGGUUGCCAGGGGUGACAGUGGAAACACUUUCCUGUACGCGAUGAAGACGUUGGAGAAGAAGGUGAAGGGUGCAUACAACUGUGUAUCAUGGAACCCUUUUCCGCUGGAUGUUUGGACAGCUGCUGCCAAUCCGGCCGGACCUAAGGAGUCUUCAUCCAUAACUAUAGCAUCCAACCAUGGCACUGUUGUUGAUUAUCUGGAGACUUUGGUCCAGAGGUCAAAGGUUAUGUACGAUGCCACUGCGUACAUUCACUGGUACAAGCGUCAUGGAUCAGGGCAUGAGGAUUUUGAAGAAGCAUUUGAAACAAUACAUGAGGUUAUUGCGGAUUAUAAGGGUGCUCUGAAGUGAGAAUUCAGAAAACACUCUGUAAUGUAUGGAAACGUCAAACAAAAGCAAGCAGGUAGGUUGACCAGAAUCCAAGCAUUCUGCUAGCUGCAGGUCACAGCUUUGCGAGAGGACAUCAGACAGUGUUCACCAGUGCUCCUACUGCAGUUAACCAAUAUUCUUGCCUGAACCAAUUCAUUGCCAAGGACUUGCACUGUAUAGGGAGAAGCAUUUGAGCCAAGGAAGAGCUGGAGAAGCUGACACCACGUUAGCUGAUUAAACCAGUGUGAUAGACUUAACCCUGAAUCAUUCUACCUAGUAGUCAGACUGUUUUCAAUACAACUAGAUGAAACUUGUUUUGAAACAAGAUAAACACAAGAAUCGGUGUCUCUUCGUUAAAAUUACGUGAAUUUUUGUGCUAGAAAAACAUCAUUGUAAAGAAAAGCUUUUAUGUUAUUUGUGUUACAGCUUACUGAUUUGAACUGUAAGGCUAAUAAUAAUUGAAAAAAUCACUGAUUAAAUAUCUUAAACUUCCAACUUGAAGGCAAACGCAGAGUUCAUGAAAUAAGCAUCAUACCUGUAUAGAAUAACUCGAGCAGAACAGCAUUCUGCAAUGUAAUAACUCUAGCAGUACAGCAUUCUGCAAUGUAAUAACUCGAGCAGAACAGCAUUCUGCAAUGUAAUAACUCGAGCAGAACAGCAUUCUGCAAUGUAAUCACUCGAUCAGAACAGCAUUCUGCAAUGUAAUAACUCGAGCAGAACAGCAUUCUGCAAUGUAAUAAUUCGAGCAGAACAGCAUUCUGCAAUGUAAUAACUCUAGCAGUACAGCAUUCUGCAAUAACUCGAGCAGAACAGCAAUCUGCAAUGUAAUAACUCGAGCACAACAGCAUUCUGCAAUGUAAUAACUCGAGCAGAACAGCAUUAUGCAAUGUAAUAACUAGCAGAACAGCAUUCUGCAAUAAUUCUAGCAGUACAGCAAUCUGCAAUGUAAUAACUCUUGCAGAACAGCAUUCUGCAAUGUAAUAACUCUAGCAGUACAGCAUUUUGCAAUGUAAUAACUAGCAGAACAGCAUUCUGCAAUGUAAUAACUCUAGCAGUACAGCAUUCUGCAAUAACUCUAGCAGAACAGCAUUCUGCAAUAACUCUAGCAGAUCAGCAUUCUGCAAUGUAAUAACUCGAGCAGUACAGCAUUCUGCAAUGUAAUAACUCAAGCAGUACAGCAUUCUGCAAUGUAAUAACUCUAGCAGAACAGCAUUCUGCAAUGUAAUAACUCGAGCAGUACAGCAUUCUGCAAUGUAAUAACUCGAGCAGUACAGCAUUCUGCAAUGUAAUAACUCUAGCAGUACAGCAUUCUGCAAUGUAAUAACUCUAGCAGAACAGCAUUCUGCAAUGUAAUAACUCUAGCAGAACAGCAUUCUGCAAUGUAAUAACUCUAGCAGAACAGCAUUCUGCAAUGUAAUAACUCGAGCAGAACAGCAUUCUGCAAUGUGAUUUAUUCACUUUGCUUGUGAUAUUUGAAAAUAAGUUAUAGUGGAGGAUUUUGAAUGCAAGGUCAUUCUCAUUAAAAUUGGAAUAACUUGGAUAAAUUUGAGUUACUUGAAUUGCGCACUUUUCAGGAAACCCAUUCCAGAAAUUAAUAUGAUAAGGAGAGGCGGGAAGGAAGAUAGGUGGCAUUGUUUCUUUGAUCUCUACCACCCACAUCUAUAUUUCGUAGGACCCGCCAUAGAAAUAUAAACAAUUAUUUUCACUCUCCCUCACCCGACCCACACCUUCGUCUAUAUUAUCAAGUGCGAGUGCCUUCGUUCCUCCUACCCAACUUGACCAACCCAAUAAAGCCAUACAGAGUGUAGUAUUUAUAUAUGUUGAGUUUAGUUAACUUUAUUUACCGAUGAAGGAUCUAUGAAGAUCCUCUACACCGGACUCAAAAUCAUUACAGCAAAAUAUUUGACAAUAAACGAAUGUGACGUUACCUGGAUCAUUAAGGUAUCUCGGAUCUGCAAUCAUCCAGCUGGUUUACCCAAUGUUUAUAGGUACAGUUUUGGAUGUAAAAACAACUUGAGAAUACAUGUACUGAAAUGUUAAUUAUGGGAUCCAUUCAAUACAUUCUGUCAAUAAUGUCUGGAAUCACAAGUAUGUUGUAUACAUUC